ACUUAAUUGUCCACCAAGGCCUGAUAGGUCUGGCUGCUUCUCCCCAGGCACCAAGUGUUGGGGUGUGCCACCUCCCCCUUUGGGACCACCUAGGUUGCCCUCUUAAAAAAGCAGGCCUUACCAAGGAACAAUCAUCUUGGAUUGCAUAACCUAAAUGAGCCAAGGACCAGAGUGAGGGCAGCACGAACUUCUUACUCAGCAACAAUGACUUCAGAAGUGGAGACCUCGGAGGGGGUAGAUGAGUCAGAGAAAAAGAACUCUGUGGCCCCAGAGAAGGAAAACCAUACCAAAAUGGCAGACCUCUCUGAGCUCCUGAAGGAAGGGACCAAGGAAGCACAUGACCGGGCAGAAAAUACUCAGUUUGUCAAAGACUUCUUGAAAGGAAACAUUAAGAAGGAGCUAUUUAAGCUGGCCACUACCGCACUUUAUUUCACAUACUCAGCCCUUGAGGAGGAAAUGGACCGAAACAAAGACCACCCAGCCUUCGCCCCCUUGUAUUUCCCCAUGGAGCUACAUCGGAAGGAAGCACUGAUCAAGGACAUGGAGUAUUUCUUUGGUGAAAACUGGCAGGAGCAGGUGAAGUGCUCCGAGGCUGCCCAGAAGUAUGUGGAUCGGAUCCACUAUGUAGGGCAGAAUGAGCCGGAGCUGCUGGUGGCCCAUGCUUAUACUCGUUACAUGGGGGACCUUUCAGGAGGCCAGGUGCUGAAGAAGGUGGCCCAGCGGGCACUGAAACUCCCCAGCACUGGAGAAGGGACCCAGUUCUACCUGUUUGAGCAUGUGGACAAUGCCCAGCAAUUCAAGCAGUUCUACCGAGCCAGAAUGAAUGCCCUGGACUUGAAUUUGAAGACCAAAGAGAAGAUCGUGGCGGAGGCCAACAAAGCCUUUGAAUAUAAUAUGCAGAUAUUCAGUGAACUGGACCAGGCUGGCUCUAUGCUGGUAAGAGAAACCCUGGAGGACGGUUUCUCCGUGCAUGAUGGGAAGGGAGAUGUACGAAAGUGUCCCUAUUAUGCUGCUCAGGCAGACAAAGGUACCCUGGAAGGCAGCACCUGCCCUUUCCGGACAGCCAUGGCUGUGCUGAGGAAGCCUAGCCUCCAGCUCAUUCUAGCUGCCAGUGUGGCCCUGGCUGCUGGACUCUUUGCCUGGUACUACAUGUGAAGGACCUGUCAUGUUAUUUGCAUCCUACCCCAAGUGACCUGUUCCAUCCCUAUCUCCACCUCUGACUAAACUACCACCUCAGGUGACUUUUUUAAUGCUGGGUUUGAGAAAACAAGCAACCAAUAAAGGCAGACACUAGAGCCUCUGCGUAACAGCAUCUUCUCUGCCAGCCAGGUGCACACCAGGCACAGGCUGUCACUCUAUUAACAGCCAAUACUCCACUGCAGGUCAGCCUUAGACCUCUGAUCUGGCAGUGCUCCAGGAUUUUUGCCACUUUGGAGGCCUAGGUACAUUCUCUUCUUUAGUAGUGCUUGGAGUAGUCAUUGCCUUGCUUGGGAGUGGGUUGCCCAUACACUCAGGCUUUGUGGGAAAGGAUUAUGCCAACGGAUGUUCAAUUUUCUAGGACUCAGGGAGUCUUUUGGGGUGGAAACUAUGCUUUCCUGUCUCCCAAACCCCGAGCUUAUCCUGCUCAUCCAGGAUUUCCUAAGAAGUCUGUUAGCCUGGGCGAUGGGUAUACCUGCUGCUACAGCACUCUAAAUACAAACACCUCACACUUCCUCCUCCCUGGCACAGGGUAGGUGAGACUACCUCCUGGUCCCCAGAAGUCUACAGGGAAGUAGAGUCCCUCAGAAAAGUGGCAUGUUGCAUACAUCCCUUGCCUGCCUCCCAACACUCCUGGCCAAUUCCUAGUACCUUAUUUUUCCAUGUAUUCAUGCUAAAACAUUAUAAAGGUCGUCCUUAAUGUCUACUUGAA